ACUGCGAUACCAGAUAUUAAUAAGGAGGAACAGAAAAAUUUACCUGAAAAAAGUGAAAAUAAAGUCAGUGUACCAGAUUUUAAAACAUUGGCAGAGUAUAGAUUUAUUUAUCCGGAAUUUUUGCCCAACCCGCAAAGAAAUCGUAGACACAAAAUUCGUGAGUCUCUAGAGAGGAUGGAUAUGUUAAAGCGGAGAUCUGUUCUUGAAAUUCCAGAGUUUUACGUUGGUAGUAUUCUUGCAGUAACUGUAUCUGAACCUUGGUCACCUGGAAAAACUAACAGAUUUGUUGGAAUUUGUAUAUUGAGAGAAGGGCAUGGAUUAAGAGCCAGCUUCAUACUUAGAAAUGUAGUCGAUCAUUUAGGAGUCGAAAUUAGAUACGAUUUAUAUAAUCCAACGAUACGGAAGAUCGAAGUGUUAAAAUUGGAAAAGCGAUUAGAUUUUCAUCUAGUAUAUUUGAGAGAUGCAGCACCCGAAUACAGUACAUUUCCAUUUGAUAUGGAAGCCGAAACACGCACCGAAGGAGCACCCGUUCCAAUUAAUCCAAUGAAAGUUAAAUUAAAGCCCCCUCCCUGGUACGCUCAUUGGGAACGUUUUGAACUGAAAGGAAUAGAGUACGAACUUUCGGAACUAGAUUACAGAAAAGCAAAACAACACGAAAAGCCCUGGGAGAAAUUCGACUUGAUGAAAGAAUACAGAGAAAACGUUCCCGAAGAACACCAGAAAGAAAUCUGGGAAGAAGUCCACCAACAUCACAUAUCUCUAAGUCAGAAACAGAAAAAAGAAAGACGUAAAAAGCAACUGUUGAAAGCCAGAGAUAAUUAAUUAUGUAUUAAUGAAGAUGUAGUUUAUUAAUAAAAUUAAGCCAUAUAUAA